AUGGCGGAUUCAAUGGUAGCGAGCUUCUGGGGGCCUGUUACAUCAACGACUGAGUUGUGCGAGGAGAAUUAUGCACACUCAUCAUAUAUCGCAGAAUUCUACAAUACCAUCUCUAAUGUCCCAUGCGUUCUUUUGGCGCUUAUUGGAUUAGUGAAUGCUUUCCGCCAAGGUUUUGAGAAACGGUUCAGUGUCCUUCACAUAUCCAAUAUGAUACUUGCUAUUGGGAGUAUGAUUUUCCAUGCCACCUUGCAACUUCUUCUACAACAGAGUGAUGAGACUCCGAUGGUUUGGGAGAUCCUCCUUUAUAUGUAUGUCCUUUAUUCACCGGACUGGCAUUACAGGAGCACGAUGCCAACUUUCCUUUUCCUAUAUGGUGCUGCCUUUGCUGUAGUUCAUUUCUUUGCCCGGUUCCAAGUUGUAUUCAAGUUGCAUUACAUUGGCCUCUGCUUCCUCUGCAUCCCCCGGAUGUACAAGUACUACAUACAGACGAAAGACGUGACUGCGAAGCGGCUUGCAAAGCUGUGGGUUCUUACAUUAACCCUUGGGACUCUCUGCUGGCUAGUUGAUCGCAUCUUCUGUAAGAAGCUUUCGCAUUGCGAUGCGGCGGACAUCUACAGCCUAUGUGGGCAUAGGGCUGCGUCGAGCGCGUGGCCGCGGGUCUCCUCGGCGGCCCCCUCACCGGUGGCGGUCGCUGGAACACCGCCGUUGCCAUCGGGGUCACGGGCGCCGCAGGCCUUGCGCUCAUCUUCAUCGCCGUCUCUUCCCGCAGCCGCCAUCGCGUCGCUGCGGGAGAGGCCGGCGUACCUGAGGGCACGAGAGCGACUCCUGCUCCUCAGCUUCAGCCCCGAGGACCCGGACCCGGACCGGGAGCUCGACUUCCUGCUCGCCGCCGCGGAGGCCACGAGGCGCGACGAAAGGGUGAGGUUGGCCGUGGCUAGGAUUAAGCAGAGGAGGAACGGGCGCGGCCGCAGGCUACGGUUCGCCGAGAAUGAAGCAGAGUAG